AUGAUUGCGCUGACGGCGGCGGCGGCGAUGAAGAUUGUGAUUUUGCGCCUAAUGAUAAUGACAAUCAACGGCGGUGGUGGCGGCCCGGCCACAGUGACGACGACGGCCGCCAUGUUUCAUUUUUCUCAUCUUCCCUAUCUUUCUUUCGCCCUCUCUCAACAGAUUAUCGCCGACGACGGGCUGCCGAUGGUGGUGUGUAGUUCCUGUCGCGAUCAGCUGGAGGCCUGCCAUCGGUUCCGCCGGGUUGCCCACCGAACCCAGAAGUCCCUGCAGAGCUACCUCGGCUACACGGCGACACUCUGCGGAAGCGAACAGGAAAUACUCACGGAAGCGUCCGAGCGGUUGGAGAACCUGAUUGCGUCGUCGCCGGCGACGCUUGCGCUGAAGGCGUCGGCCGAGCAGGACGCGGUGGCCGCCCUGCAGGCCCUGCGCAACAAUAACAAUCAUACAAAAUCAGUUACCUCAGUACUUAGUAAAACGCACCUGGACAGCCUGGAAGCGAACGCCGUAUCUGUGAUCCCACUCGAGAGUAUGAAACUUACUUCCACCGGCGUACUGUCCCAGCACCAACAGUCAGCGCCCACGACAACGACGACGGAGACGGACCCGGCCACGGGCACCAUCAUACACCAGCAGCAGCAGGAAGUGUUCCAGCCGACGCAGCCAUCGCAGGGCGGCCGGCAGCCACUGAUCCAGGUGCGCAACCUGACGCAGCUCCAGAAGGAGCACCUCGAGACGGCCGCGGUGUUGAUGGACAUCAGCAAGAAGGUGAUCAUCUCGCCGCCCAGCUCGAACCCACAGUCGCCCAGUUUGCUCGCCGAGCAGAAGCAGCAACAGGCUGCCCAACAACAGUAUCAGCAGCACGCUAGCAACAACAAUCAGCUGACACAGCAGCAGCAGCAGCCGCAGCAACCGCAAAGUAUUAAAUCUUCUGUGAUAAAGCCUCACGAAUACCUUUUGAACAAUCUGAAGCGCACGCCCAGCAGCGAAGAGAUGGACCUGACGAUGAAGCGCGUCAAGGUGGAGCCGAGUCCUGCCGCCGUCCUGCCGCCGACGCUCGUCCGAAAGAACGUGAUCAAGCGGGAAACGAUCGAGCACCUGGCGGCGGCGGCCGUCGCCGACGACCAGGCGAGCCAGCACAGCGACAGCGUCGACAGCAGCGACUCGGGCCGGCUACAGAUGGACAUAUCCUCGCAGGACGCACACUCCGAGUGCGCCGGGGACGAGCUCAAGCUCCGGGGUAGCCUCAACAACAACAACAACAACCACCACCAUCACCACCAUCACCAGCACCACCAUCAUCUCCAGCAUCACCCGCAGCAGCAGGCGGGCAGUCCGAUGGAUCACAUUGGCCGCGAGACACCCGACAGUCUGCACUCGCUCGACGAGCAGCAGCAAGCGGUAGCUGCGGCGGCCGUGGCUGCCGCCGUCCACCAGAUCCCGUUCGGUGGGCUGACCGAUGCCACCGAUCCGGCCGUGGCCCAGCUGUGGCAAGCGUUGGCACAGAACACGAAUCUCAUCGUCAACGGUGGAGGCAACGAGGCGACGGCGCUCCUGCGGAAGAUGAUCAGUGCCCGCAAUCUAGGCAUCCAGUUUACACCAACCGUUCCGGUCAGCACCGGGUUGUCGAUGCACAAGCAAAGCGAAAUCAGCCGGCACAAUGCGAGCAGCCAGAGUGGGCGUCGGAAACAGUCGUUCCCGAGCCGGACGCCGGUCGAAGGAAACUCACCGAACGGCCUCGACAGCAACGGUGUCCUUGGGGGGCCCGGCAAUGGGGCACCACCGCACUCCGUCGGUCUGAUAAAGGUGUCCAGCGGUAAAGGUUCCACCACCGGCAACGUGCUGUUUCGGGUUGCCUCGGAGCAGCUCUCGCAGACGGCGACCGCCAAGAGCCCAUCGCUCGGUACGGGCCACCGUACGGAGACGAGCAGCGGAGCCACGUCCGGUAACAGCAGCCCCCAGCUACAGCAACUUCCCAAAGCGUCCGCCGCAUCGUCCCCGCAAAUGACGCAACAGCAGCAGCAGCAAAACUCGCAGCACAAGGACAUGUCCUGUACGAACUGUGGCACCACCACGACCACCAUCUGGCGGCGGAACAUCCGCGGCGAGAUGGUGUGCAACGCCUGCGGGCUCUACUUCAAGCUGCACGGCGUCAACCGGCCGCACACGAUGCGCCGUGACACGAUUCACACGCGACGGCGGCGGCCGAAGGGCGACAAGAGUACGCGGAGGAAGUCCGUCAAGCAGGAAAGUGGCGAUAUCGUCGUGGACAACGGUGUCGACACGGCGGUCGAUCUGCAGACCCUGCAAAACCAGUUGAUGGCGUUGCGCGAUGCAACCCGCGGCACACCGACCAACUUUACCAUGUCACCUGUAAGCCAGGCCUUCCAGCAAUAUCUGCGAGCGACGCAAAACUUUGACCCGAACGGGAGCGGCGAGCUGCUGGUCGAUGGCGGCGACGACAGUGGCCCGGAGAACGAUCUGGACUCGUGCAACCUGCCACUGAACCUGGUGGCCACGCAGCUCGGGAGUGACUCGUCGCAGCACUGA